AACUCAGUCGUUAGUUAGAGCUCGUAUUGAAUUUAUCUCUACUAGAAAACGAAAUAAACAAAAUAUUUUUAAAAAAUUUCGAAUUUGUUUUCUACAGUUUGUAUAAGGUACGAGAUUCACAUCCGUUUCACGGCAAAUUGUUUUGAACGAGUGAAUAGAAGUAGCUAGCCAAUUUAUCAAUCUAAAUCAAUAGAAUUUAUCAGUUCAGUGACAAGUUUGGAAUUAUUUUAUUGCAUUUUUAAUGGUUAAAAUGAUGAGUAAAUUAAUGAUUUGUUGAAAAUGUAAGAGCCAUACAAAAAGGACAAAUAAGUUAAAAGUUCGAAUCAGUGCAAUUGAAUUGACAUUUAAAGUAAAAAAAAAUACAACGAACAGUUGAAAAAAUUAAUCAAACGGACAAUUUGCUACAUACGAAAAAAAAAGAGGAGUGUAAAGGUUUGCACACAAAUCAGCUGGGACUGCACAGUAUCACCGGCAAUUUUAUUCAACCGUCUAUCGUUCAACUGAACUACAUUUCAUUUUAAUGGUGACAAGUGGCCGCUUGAGACUUAAGAUCACAAUGAAAGCAGAAGAUAAGAAUCCACUACAGCGCGUGCGGAUUGCAGUUUUAGGAAAUGUUAAUGUUGGCAAAUCGGCAUUAACCGUGCGUUAUUUGACGCGACGCUACAUUGGUGAAUAUCGAUCGAAAACCGAUUUGCUGUAUCGCCAGACGAUUUCACUAGAUAGUGGCAUGCUCGAUGUGGAAAUCGUCGACGUAUCGGCCGAAACAGACAAUGAAUUUCCCAUUGAACAGAUUCAAUGGGCUGACUCAUGUCUGAUCGUAUACAGUAUUACAGACCGUGAAAGUUUUAAAUAUGCAACCAGAGCAUUGGGCAACCUCAAAUCAUUACAAAACGGACCAUCUGCCUAUUUGAUUGCAAACAAAGCUGAUUUAGAUCAUUUAAGAGAGGUGAGCGAGAGUGAAGGUGCAUCACUGGCUGCUUCGCAUCAUAUUGGCUUUUGUGAGGUUUCCGUCGCCGACAACACACCCAGUCUAUACAAAGCAUUCGAACGUCUGCUGAACGACUCAAAAGGGCGACCGGUUAAACAGCAACGGAAAUUUUCCGUCAGUAAAAUGAUAGGUACACUGAUUGGAACAAACGACACAAAAGCAACGGCACAAACUAGCGGCACAAUGGUACCUUGCUGUAAAGGUGAACUACAUAAAACACGGGUACUGAAACGACGCCAAGGAUUCAUUGCGACAGCUUCACUAUGACCACUACCGAAUGCAACGGAAUGCGGCAAAUAAAUCGAAUCCGUUUUGUGAUUGUCAUCCAUGUUGGAUGCCAUGUUGGAUGAAUGUAACUCUCACUCUCUGUCUGUCUGUAUGUGCACAAUAACCUUCUUGUCUGCGGCAGAGCUUGAGCACGAAGAUUUGGAGUCAAUGGAUCUUAGCGAAUUUCGCGAAUGGUAACACAUUUUCUGUGCUUGAACAAACAAAAAGCUUUCAACCCGUUUACCCGGUGUUCGGUUGUGCACACAUCGCGACACAAGUCUGUGUAUGUUAACAGCAGCAGCAGCAACAGCGGCUGCUAAUAAAUACAUCUCAGCCAAAAACGUUUUCAAAACAUGUGAGCAUCGGCCUAUUGUUGUAGAUAAUAAGUGAUAAUUUAAUUUUUUGUACAUCGAAUCUCUCUCUCUCCUUCUCUCCUCCUCCCUUCCACAUUUUGGGGUUUCGUAAACAAAUUUCUUAGUCACACAAGUGUUUAUGUGCAACGUGUUUUAUUCAGCAAUUUGUAAGAAAUGUGCAACGCAAUCGAGUUUGCAUUUGUUGAAGCAUUAUGUGCGGAUUUGUAGCGUACUAAGUGAUGGAUCACAUUUUCUUGGCAAAUGGUUUGGCGUGACUGACUCGUUACUCUCUUUCGCCGAGACUCGCUUGCAAUGCAAAUUAUUUGAAAAAUUGUGCGUGCUCCGAAUGUGAAAUUUGUGAAAAUAGUAACAAAAGAGGCACAUGCAAAUCCCAUAGUUGAAUAUUCAAAUUAUGUUUUUAGAGCACGAGCAUUAACCGCAAACGCACCCAAUUUCAUCAGUGGAAUUCGUUUUUUUUUCGUUUGCUUUCGUGCUAUCUCUUUCGCUAUUUUUUCUCGUUUGAAAAUACGGUCAUUUGUUUAAACGCAUUCAAGAGUCUACAAAGAACAUUCAUACCAAACGUCGUUUCUAUUUUUCGUUUAUUUUCUAUUUUGUUCUGAGUGUAUGUCUGCUUUAUUGGCCUCGCACGGAUCACACUUGAUGUGUGUUCAUGUUUCACGAUGGAUAUUUAUACUUUUUUGUUUGCCACCAAAUGAGUUUUGAGAGCGACGCAAGCCGUGUACAAUAAGCGGCAUCCUAUUAAGUGGAAUUUCGGUUCUCGAAUUAUGACAGAGAGAAGCGAUUAGAGAAUGCGCGAUGCUAGAGCAAAACAGCGCGCCGGAAUCCGUGACAAAAAUGCUGUGUAAAAUAGACUACGUCGCGGCGCCAAUCAAUCGAGGCGUGUUUGCUGUAUAAGAGCAUAAUAUGCGAUUUAUGAAUAAGCGCAAUAACUGCCAUCGAGAAAAAACAGCGAUGCGCUACAUUGAGAAUCAGGAAUUUCGGGUUUUUUUUUGUUUUCCUGUGUAAAAUAUAUCUCGUUAAAACCACUUUAAGUGGCGAUCGAGCUACGAUUUUUGUUUGUUUCCCUUUGAAAAGUGACUUUACGAUUUUUUUCCUGAUUCAUCAUUUUCAUAAUUUGGCAAAAUAAUAAUAAAUGAUUCUCGCCUGUGGCCAGCACUUUUGUGAAACACACGGAAUACGAAGCGGUUUUUGGCGUCGUAGUCACUUCCCCGUAAUUGAGUAACCAGAUAUCAAGUCAGAUCGUUUGCUUCGUUGAACUGACAACGCACACACUGCACGGGCAAAAGCACAAACAUUAAACAAAAUAUGAUUGGGUCAAUAAAUUCCACGAUGAAAGAAUGUUGAAAUGCCGAUGAAUGUGUUUCAUUUUGUGACACAAAUUGCAUAUCAUCCGGUCGCACUGUCGCCGUAUCGGAUUUUCCGCGUUCAUCGUCCUAGAUUUUAUUACCAUUUUUUCUUUAUUUUGACUGUGCUCGAAAGCGUUGCCAUGGUUUGAUUGAAUAGACACACAUUGAUACACACAGAGCGCAACAUUCAAAGAAAUUUGUCAUGAAACAACCAUAAAGAAUUUACACAUCACUUCAUAGUUCAUACUUGGGUCUAAGCAUCACACUGUUGUUGAAAAACAAAAGAGAGAGGGAGAGAAUUAUCACACAUUUUGUGCUCAAAACAAAUAAGGUUUCGGCUUCUGUUCUUUCAUGAGAGAAAGAAAUGGCUGUGAAAUAAAAAUUGAACCUUUUUUUUAGAUAUUAAAUUAAAACGAAAAUUCUUUCGAAUACAUGAAAAUUUUUAGUUGUUUUUAGGACAUUAGAAGUUCGGUGCAAAAGUGUUGUUUUUGAAGAUGAAAAGGAAUUGUUUUUCUUUUUGCUUCAAAACGGAAAACAACCGAACAUUUUCAAUUGUCAUUUGAUACAUAGAUUUUGUUAAGCCAAUUUUUUUAUAGAAAAAAAAAACACACACGAAGAACCAACUGAAUAUGAUAUGUUGGAUAUGAAACAUUAAUGAAUUUAUUAAAUUAAUAAAUUUCGAUUAAGGAGAGUCGUAGUUAGCAACAAGUGCUUGUUAGAUAUCGUUUUUUGAUAUAUUCGAGUAGAAAUGGUUUGAAUACAAUUCGUCCACGGCAUUUAACAAUUCAAAAACCAAAUUGAAAUAGAUACAAACACAACAUACACAUAGACACACAUCAAACUAUUAUUCAACUAAAAAGUGGAAAAAUGAAAUGCAUAAAUGUAAAAUUCAAUGUUUUAUCAAUGUGGUCUCAAAACAUAUUCAAUAAUUAAUGUUCCAAUAAAUAAUCAUAAUCAACAAUUUAACGCAUUACCUGUCACAUUUCAAAAGACAAUCAAAAACACCUUUCUAUCGUUCUAACUCUAAACGGUUUCAUUAGUCGCUUAAGAUUAGUAUAAACAUAGAACAACAUCUGCCACCGCCGUUUCAAGCAACAUGAACAUGUUGAGAAAAAAAAAACUAUCCGAAUCACAUUCGAUGUGUUUGAUACUUGUGAAUGGUGGCCGAAGUGGUAAUGUUUAUAUUAAAAUAUUUCGUAUAUAUACCAUAUAUGGUCUUAUGUGUACCAAUUUAUCGAUUUGACUAAAAUUAUGUGAACACAUCACGUUUUCUCAAAUGGCAUUGCUAAAAUGCAACCAAAGUUUUCACUCUCGACAAAUCUAAACGAAAAUCAAGAUCAUUUGAGCAAUUCGUGCAUCAAGUAUAAAUAAUAUUGAACGAUGUGUUUUAUUUUUAGUGUUUUGAAGUAAUGCAAAGCGGAGUUGGUGUUUUUGUUUGUGCUUUAAAUGAACUGUAGUUUCAGUCAGAUAACGAAUACCACACAAUUAAAAAACUUUGGAUGUAGACAACGAAACAUUUGGAAUUUCGCACUUGUAUCGAAUAUUAUUUCGUCUGCAGUUCGAAUGUUUCAAAAUGGACGAAUUGAAUUAAGUCACCUGAAAAUGAUACAAAACAAACCAAGUAGUUUAUUACUUAGUGAUAGAAAUUGAAAACAAACCAAUUAAUAAUAGCUUGUCAUAGAUUCUAAUGGAACUCUGAUGAAAAUAAUUGUAAUAAACAUAUUUUAAUAUUUGUUAAAUGUA